AUGGUGGCUGAUGGGGUGGGUGCCCGCGAGGAUGGUGUCCGAUUACUUUUGACUGUGCUGGCUGGGUAUCCUCUAUCGGCGGCUCAUCGUUGUUUUUUCUACAAGAAAGAUCCUCAAAUACAACACGCCUUCUUUGUCGCUUGUGGCAUUGUCCUUUAUUUCUUCAAUUAUGGAUUCACCAUCUAUCACAGUCUCAUCUCAAUCCUCUUUGCCUACGUGAUUACGAAUUUCCUGCGCGGCAAAAAUGAGGCUGUUUGGGCGGCACACAUCGCAUUUUUGGGCCAUCUACUCGUUGGAUAUUGGUUUGCCGAAACGGACACCUACGAUAUCACGUGGACGACUCCGUUCUGCAUAAUGUGUCUACGAUUUAUCGGACUUGUGAUGGAUGUGUAUGAUGGACAACAUUAUGACUCUUUAAAAGCUGACCAAAAGCUCACAGCAAUUCGUGACCCACCGAGCCUUCUUGAGACAGCUGCUUUUGGUCUCUUCUUCACAGGAACUUUGGUUGGACCUCAAUUCUCACUUGCUCGUUUCCGCGCCUUUGUCAACGGAGAUUUUCUUGAUGAGCAAAAACAAGUUCGGUCUAGCGGUUUGAUGCCCUCGCUUGGACGCUUCGUUGCCGGUGUAUUCUACAUGGUGAUUAAUCAAUGGGGCGCAGUUUGGAUUCCGGACAGUUAUUUCAAUUCGGAGGCUUACUUUAAUGCUUCUUUCUUCUGGCGUUGGACAUGGGCAGUGAUUUGGUUCCGCUUGACGAUGUAUCGAUACUGUGCGGCUUGGUUGCUGUCGGAAGGAGGGGCCAUCUUGAACGGCAUUGCUUACAACGGAAAGGACGAGAAAGGAGAAGAUAAAUGGGAUGGUGUCCGCGAUAUUCACAUUUCUCGAUGGGAAUUCGGUCACGACUACAAUUCGGUGGUGCUCUCGUUCAACUGUGGAACAAAUACAUUUGCCAAGAAUCACAUUUUCCGACGUCUACGAUGGUUAAAUAGCAAGCCACUGGCCCAUCUCUCGGUGCUGAUGUACUUAGCGGUAUGGCAUGGGUAUCAUCUCGGCUACUUCUUGUUGUUCAUCUUUGAGUUCUCUUGUAUGAUUGCCCAAGAACAGCUUUACUUCUUGAUCGAUCGGGUACCCGGGUGGAAAGAGUUUAACCAACAGACAUGGAUGCGACCGAUUUGCUGGCUUACCGGAAAGAUGAUCAUCUCUUACUCAAUGGGUUUCGCCUUUCUCACCUUCGGACUCAUCAAGACGAGACUUUGGUACAAGCCUCUCUUCUCGCUCUACGGUAUUGGAUACAUUCUCUACUUUGUUGCAUGGCCAAUCCUUUUCCAGGUUCUCAAAAGAAAACUUCCACUCAAGAAGUCAGAGAAGGUCGAGAAGAAAACAGAA